AUGAUUAUUCAAGAUACCUGGCGCAGUCAAGUCAGUUGGGAUGAGGAAGUUAGCGAUUCUAUACAGACUCGGUGGCGCAAGUGGAUUAAGUUGCUGGAGGAGGUGAACAAAAUCAGACUUCCUCGACCCUAUUUCCCUGGAUUCUCUGCUGCGGAUAUUGGGUGUGUCGAUCUACAUAUCUUUACGGACGCCAGCGAAGAGGCAUACGCUGCCACGGCCUACUUUCGUACCGUGAAGAACGAGAAGGUCUACUGCACAUUGGUUAUGGCUAAAGCGAAGGUAGCACCACUGAAGGCCGUAUCGGUACCAAGAUUGGAGCUAAUGGGUGCACUUCUAGGAGCAAGACUGGCAAAAACGGUCUGCGAGUACCACACGAUUCCCAUUCGACGUCGAGUACUAUGGACCGAUUCGUUAGCGACGUUAGCCUGGAUCCAGUCGCCGCAUUGCCGAUAUCGACAAUUCGUCGCCUUUCGAGUGGGAGAGAUUCUGACCAAGACCGAAGCUGAUGAGUGGAGAUGGGUUCCUACAAAGCAUAAUGUGGCCGACGAAGCGACUAAAUGGGGAAAAGGACCCAGCACCGAAGUCAAGUCCCGUUGGUUCCAAGGGCCUGAAUUUCUAUACUUUCCGGAAGAAAAAUGGCCGAUCAGAGAGUCAACGAGGCCACUAGUAGCAGACGAAGAACUGCGGCCGAGUCUGGUGCAUCAUGUAAUGACCACCAAGGAUAUUAUUCGAUGGGAGAACUUCUCGAAAUGGGAACGUCUUCUGAGAGCAAUCGCUUACGUACAUCGCUUUGUCACAAACUGUCGUCAACAACAUAACAAGCAGCAAUUGGUCGCUGGAUGUUUGACUAAGGAGGAACUACAGAAGGCAGAACUCAGCCUGUGGCGUGUUACUCAAGCAAUCGCAUACCCUGACGAGAUAGCAGUUCUGAAGCAAAGGCUUUCGAACCCCAAGAAAGAAAUCGAGAAGACGAGUCCAGUCUACAAAUUAUCCCCGUACCUUGAUGAGCAGGGUGUGAUGCGUAUGGAUAGCCGCAUCGGAACGGCUCCUUUUAUCAGCUACGAUUUCAAAUUUCCUGUUAUACUACCUCGUAAUCAUCCAUCAACUUUGCUCCUGAUCAACUGGUAUCACCGACGGUAUUUGCAUGCUAAUAACGAGACGGUUCACAACGAGAUUCGCCAGCGCUUUCACGUUUCGAAUCUACGCACAGUAGUGCGACAAGUAGCAAAGAAUUGUCAAGUUUGCAAAAUUUCCAAGGCAUCACCAGUUACUCCCAAGAUGGCUCCUCUACCAGAUGCGCGUCUUGCUGCCACUGUUCGCCCGUUUUCCUACGUGGGGCUCGACUACUUCGGGCCAGUUCAAGUAAAAGUGGGACGCAGCUGCGUGAAGCGGUGGAUUGCACUCUUCACGUGUCUGACGAUCAGAGCCGUCCAUUUGGAGAUAGUUCAUUCACUAUCUACGGAGUCUUGCAAGAUGGCAGUACGACGAUUUGUAGCCCGCCGCGGAUCCCCCGUAGAAAUCUACUCCGAUAACGGCACCAACUUUCAGGGAGCAAGCCGAGAAUUGCGAGCAGAAAUCGAAGCUACCAGUAAACAACUGCAGGAGACGUUCACCAAUACGAACACCAAGUGGCUGUUUAAUCCACCAUCGGCGCCACACUUCGGGGGAUCCUGGGAGCGUCUGGUGAGGUCGGUUAAAGUAGCGCUAGGAGCUCUUUGUCCCGAACGGAACCCAACUGAUGAAACCUUGAUAACCGUUAUUGCUGAAGCUGAAUCCGUGGUUAAUUCACGCCCGCUAACGUUUAUUCCUCUGGAACAUUCAGCACAGGAAGCCCUAACACCAAACCACUUCAUACUGCUGAGUUCUAGUGGGGUUGUCCAGCCUCCCAAAACGAUAGCAGAGUCGACGAAGGUAACGCGAACGAAUUGGACGAUGAACCGGAUUCUUGUUGAUCGGUUUUGGAAACGCUGGGUGAGAAACGGACCAAAUGGUUCGAUGAAUCCGAUGCGGUGAAAGUUAAUGAUCUGGUAAUGGUAGUGAACGAGAAUCUGCGUAACGGGUGGAUCAGAGGUCGGGUCAUGUCCAUAAUACCGGGCUGCGAUGGCCGUGUCCGCCAAGCAUUGGUGCAGACAUCAGGUGGAGUUUUUCGGCGACCUGUGUCAAAGUUAGCAGUGCUACAAGUGCAAGCUGAAGGUAACGCAGAACCAACAGUGGAUCCGGAAGUGCGUUACGGGCGGGGGGAUGUUGCCACAUCUGGCAGCACUGACGGCACGGAAGGCGAGCCGAGCCACAAAGCCCCUCGUACAUCUUCCCACACUAAUUAGAACAGCGAUUAAUAUGUAUUGUAAUCCAUGACGGGUGAAACUGUCACACAACCGAUAGCAUUUUGGCAAGUCAUCUUGAUAUAGCAGCUGAAUUAGACUCGAGAUAGAUUUAUUCUACAAUUUUAUUACUCGUGAAUUAGUUUAAACCAAUUAAGUUAGCUAAGCUGAUAGUUGAUCGCUGACAGUAGUAAGUGAAUUAAAUUAUUGUAUGAAUUGAAUCCAAUAUUAGUUGUUUUAGGUCGUUGGGCGAGUUGUUUGAAGUGUCGCGUAUUUGCAUCGCUUAACUCGGCGAGCUUCUAGAAACUUCUUUCCGAACUACGCCACACUAGCUGUAAGUUACAUGAAAUUACAUCUAAAUUAAGAUAUAUUUGUAAAAUACCGAAUUACGAUUAGGGUCGCGUCCACGCUGAAGAGUUGGAUUCAAACUACAUUGUAGCCGUAAAGGCAGAAGAAUUUGUUGGACAUCGUAUACCCUUAAGAGACCAAUUUCUUCAAGAUCUACGUCACCCAACACCUGGCGUUUCUCUGAGGAGGUCGACAAAAAGGGGAAGAUCCAACAGCA